AGCACUUGAUUGUUCAUUUAGUUGUGGAGGUAAAGUUGGGUGGUCCCGUGCAAUUCCGAUGGAUGUAUUAUGUCGAAAGGUAUCUUAUGACACUUAAGAGAUAUGUGCGUAAUCCAGCUCGUCCGGAGGGCUCUAUUGCAGAGGGGUACUUCGUUGAAGAAUGCAUGACAUUCUGUUCUAGGUACUUGGAUGAUGUUGAAUCCAAGUUAAAUCGACCUGUGAGGAAUGAUGAUGGAGGUGAUACGGGUCAAGUAGGGGGCCGUCCUUUAGGAAAGCAAGAAAAGUUUUCUCUUAAUGUCCUACAAAAGACACAGGCUCAUCGAUAUAUCCUAUUUAACACUGAAUCCAUCACUCCGUAUCGAAAGAAGCACUGUGAAUUUCUUAAACAAUGUAAUCAUCGGAUUCGAGAUCGUGAACUUGAACGCCUUCACCAUGAAACGUUUCCCAUUUGGUUUCAAACCCACGUCCACAAGUUACAACUUGAGGGGUCCGAAGAAGUAUCAGAUGAGGUUGCAAUUUUGGCGUUGGGUCCUCGUGACACAGCAAUUAGAUUUAGUGGCUAUAUCAUCAAUGGGGUUAGAUAUCACACCAAAGAGCGUGAGCUUAAAAGGAAAACACAAAACAGUGGAGUUAUGUUGAAGGCAAAGACUAGUAGUUAUUCGAGCACCAGAGAUAUGAAUCCUCAAGAAGGAGAUGUCACAUAUUACGGAAGGAUCACAGACUUGGUGGAGUUGUAUUAUACACAUGACCAUAAACAUGUGCUAUUCAACUGUGACUAGAUAGAUAACAAUUGGGGUUUAGUAUCGAAUGAUGAAUUUGACUUCACACUUGUCAAUUUCAAUUGUUUGCCCUAUACAACAGAACAUGCCUCCAAUGAACCAUUUAUACUAGCAUCUCAAGCUCAACAAGUUUUUUAUGUGCAAGAUCCGGCCAAAGAAGAUUGGAGCAUUGUAAUCAAAAUGAAAC